CUGACAGAGGGAUAUUUUUGGACACCAUUCUGCCACGAUAUGAUGUGAACGGAGUUCGGCCACCCAUCGGUCAGAGGACCAGAUUGAGUAAAGGAGACAUCGCACAGGCACGCAAACUUUACAAGUGUCCAAGAUGUGGAGACAGUUUACAGGAGAGCAGUGGGAACUUCUCUUCUCCUGGUUUUCCGAAUGGUUAUUCAGCAUAUAUGCACUGCAUAUGGAGAAUUUCAGUCACACCUGGAGAGAAGAUCAUUCUGAACUUUACAUCUAUGGAUUUAUACCGGAGUCAUUUGUGCUGGUAUGAUCAUGUGGAGAUCAGAGAUGGAUAUUGGAGGAAAGCACCACUGAAAGGUCGAUUUUGUGGGGAUAAAUUACCGGAGCCGAUCAUCUCUACAGACAGUCGCCUGUGGAUUGAGUUUCGCAGCAGCAGCAACUGGGUGGGAAAGGGCUUCUCUGCUGUUUAUGAAGCUAUUUGCGGUGGGGAGGUGAAGAAAGACAAUGGUCAAAUUCAGUCUCCGAACUACCCAGAUGACUACAGACCCAACAAAGUGUGCAUGUGGAAGAUCACUGUGGCUCAGGGUUACCAUGUAGGCCUUACCUUCCAGUCUUUUGAGAUUGAGAGGCAUGAUAACUGUGCGUACGACUACCUGGAGGUUCGAGAUGGGAACUCAGAAAGCAGCCCACUGUUGGGCAGAUUCUGUGGCUAUGACAAACCCGACGAUAUUAAAUCCAGUUCCAACCAGAUCUGGAUGAAAUUUGUGUCUGAUGGGUCUGUCAACAAAGCUGGAUUUGCUGCUAAUUUCUUCAAAGAAAUGGACGAGUGCUCCAGACCUGACAAUGGUCGCUGUGAGCAGCGCUGUGUCAACACGCUCGGUAGUUACAAGUGCGCCUGUGACCCUGGGUAUGAACUGGCGGCAGACAAACGGAGUUGCGAGGCUGCCUGUGGUGGUUUCAUCACCAAGCUGAAUGGGUCCAUCACCAGUCCAGGCUGGCCCAAAGAGUAUCCACCCAACAAGAACUGCAUCUGGCAGCUGGUGGCGCCCACGCAGUACCGCAUCACGCUGCUCUUCGACGUCUUCGAGACUGAGGGGAAUGAUGUGUGUAAGUAUGACUUUGUUGAGGUGAGGAGCGGUCUGUCUGCCGACUCCAGACUGCACGGGAAAUUCUGCGGAGCUGAGAAACCAGAGGCCAUCACCUCUCAGUACAACAACAUGCGCAUUGAGUUUAAAUCUGACAACACCGUCUCUAAAAAAGGCUUCAAGGCCCAGUUCUUCUCAGAUAAAGACGAGUGCUCUAAGGAGAACGGCGGAUGUCAGCAUGAAUGUGUGAACACCUUUGGCAGCUACAGUUGUCAGUGCAGAAGUGGCUUUGUUCUGCACGAGAACAAACAUGACUGCAAGGAAGCCGGCUGUGAUCACGUUGUGAACAGCGUGAGCGGGACCAUCACCAGCCCCAACUGGCCAGAUAAAUACCCCAGUAAGAAGGCCUGCACCUGGGCCCUCUCCACCACCCCGGGACAUCGGAUCAAAAUAGCUUUCAAUGAAAUCGACAUGGAGCCUCAUCUGGAAUGUGCUUAUGACCACAUUGAGAUUUACGACGGUCGGGAUGGGAAAGCACAAAGCCUCGGACGCUACUGCGGCGCCAAGAAACCUCAACCGAUCAUAUCCACCGGUAACAAGAUGUUCAUCCGCUUCUUCUCUGAUAACUCAGUGCAGAAGAAAGGCUUUGAGGCUUCCCACACUGCAGAGUGCGGAGGCCGUAUGAAAGCGGAGGUGAAAACUAAAGACCUCUACUCUCAUGCCCAGUUUGGUGAUAAUAACUACCCCGGGGCGUCCGACUGUCAGUGGGUGAUCACAGCAGAGAAGGGCUACGGCGUGGAGCUCAUCUUCCAGACCUUCGAGGAAGCCCUAUAG